CUGCCUGCAGUGGCAGAAAUAUUCUCUACUAGUAGACGUAGGAGGAGUGGAUGUGAAAAAUUCGCAUCUGAUAGCACUCUCAACUCCAACCUUCCAACCCAAUCCACCAAACUCAACCCCCCACUCACUUCCCUUCCACCAUUCUUUUCUUAUUCCCAUAUCUCAAUUCUUCUCUUAUUCCUUCCUCUUCCUUUCUACUCUCUCCAUCUCUCUCUCUCUCUCUCUCUCUCUCUCUAUAAAGCUAAACAGACUAUGGCCGAAAACGACGCUGGAUCGCCGAAGCGUGGAGUUACUUCAUAUGAGGAAGCAAUGGAUGCUUUAUCAUCUUUAAUAACAAAACGCAGUCGUGCUGAUAAGAGUAAUAAAGGAGAUCGCUUCGAUUUUCUCUUCGAUUACUUGAAGAUGCUAGACUUAGAGCAAGCUAUAUCAGAAAUGAAAAUAAUCCACGUGGCAGGAACUAAAGGAAAGGGAUCAACAUGUACGUUCACAGAAUCUAUACUAAGAAAUUGUGGUUUCCGCACUGGACUUUUCACUUCUCCACAUCUUAUUGAUGUUCGUGAAAGAUUUCGUUUGGAUGGUGAAGAUAUUUGUGAGGAGAAAUUUUUGGCAUAUUUCUGGUGGUGCUAUGAUAGAUUAAAGGAAAAAACUACUGAAGAAAUCCCAAUGCCUACUUACUUCCGUUUUCUUGCCUUACUUGCCUUCAAGAUAUUUGCAGCAGAGCAGGUAGAUGUUGCUAUAUUGGAGGUUGGCUUAGGCGGAAAGUUUGAUGCAACAAAUGUGGUUCAAACACCCAUCGUAUGUGGUAUAUCUUCCCUUGGGUAUGACCACAUGGAGAUUCUUGGAAAUACUCUUGGAGAAAUUGCCGGGGAGAAGGCUGGCAUCUUUAAGCACCGCAUUCCAGCUUUCACGGUGCCGCAACUUGAUGAAGCCAUGCAUGUGCUUGAAGAUAAGGCUUCUAAGUUAGAUGUACCUCUUCAAGUGGCACCGCCUCUAGAUCCCAGCUUGCUGAAUGGUCUAAAACUCGGGCUUGAAGGUGAGCACCAGUAUCUAAAUGCUGGUCUUGCCAUUGCAUUAUCUUCUAAAUGGCUUCAGAGGACUGGUCAUGUUGAAUUCAGCUACUUGGAACAAAGUAGCCCACUACCGGAGCAUUUUAUUAGGGGACUAACAACAGCAUGUCUGCAAGGGCGGGCUCAGAUUGUUCCUGAUCGAUGUGUCAACACUGAAACUAAUGGAGAUCUUGUGUUUUAUUUGGAUGGAGCCCAUAGUCCUGAAAGCAUGGAAGCUUGUGCAAGAUGGUUUUCUCUUGCCAUUAAAGAUGACAACCAGCAACACACCUUAAAUUCUCCACCACAUAGAAAUUAUGAAUCCACUCUUGGGUUGGUUGGGAAGCACCAAAAUGAAAGAUACAGGAAUGAUUUCAUGCAGAUACUGUUGUUCAAUUGUAUGUCAGUGCGGGAUCCUCAACUACUUCUUCCACGUCUGAUGAAAACAUGUGCUAGUCAGGGCGUCUACUUCAAAAAGGCACUCUUUGUACCGAAUACAUCAGUGUAUUACAAGGUUGGAUCCCAGGCUUUACCCCCAGUGGAUCCUCAAGUUGAUUUGUCAUGGCAAUUUACUCUGCAAAGAUUAUGGGAAAGCCUUAUCCGAGGCGAUAAAGGAGGGGAAGCCAAUAAUGUGGAUGCUCUUUGUGAAGAAGUUAAAGAUGAAACAGGUGCUACUGUCAAGAAUUGUGAAAACAGUGCAGUCUUUCCUUCUCUGCCAUUGGCUAUUAAAUGGCUUAGGGACAGCGUCUUACAGAAUCGAUCAGUUCGCAUCCAGGUCCUUGUCACUGGCUCAUUACAUCUUGUGGGUGAUGUGUUGAGAAUAGUGAAGAAGUGAAGAGGCAAAAUUUGAAGGUCUCUAAUUGCAUAGGUGGAUCAUUUUUUCUGAGAUACUGGGUGUUACAGAUGGCAAGUUGUUCGAAUGAGUUGGAUCACUUUUCUAAGUGAGUUCAGUGAGUUCUCUGCCGGUGCUUUCCAAAGGCAUUCCGAUAGUAUGGUUUAUGGUUGAAGCUGUCGACUAUUGAAUGUUUAUGUACCGGGAGAGUUUGAAAGAUGCAAAACAAUCGAUCAAUCUUGAUGACAAAGUUUUCAUUAUUUCUUUUCUGUAAGCAAGGAAAUAUGAGGAGUUCUUGGAAAGGAUUAAAAAUUACUUCGGAAGAGAAGUUCAUGUUUUCCCUUUCUAUGACAUCCUGAAAUCAUGUAAGCAAGUUCAUCUUUCAUUUAUGAUAAACUUUGUUGCUAAACAAAGAACCUUAUCAAACACUUCAUAAGAAGUUUUAAUCAGCCAUAUUGGUAUUUGAGAAGAAUGGUUUUUUGAA